UGAUAAAAAAAAAUUAUACUAAAAAAAAUUCGUUUGGAACGAGAGUAAGGGAAGUAAUUUAAAUUCUAUCACCGCAUGCAUGUGGGUCACUCGCAUCGUGGUUGCAGUUGCAGCUACACCUAAGAUAACAAGAUCCCAGUGGAGUUCACCGAGCUGAGAAGGUGAAGAAUGUGGAGUUCGGUGACAGCUGCAGGAACUGAGAAUGGUCCAGCACCACCAUCGCGAAGUAAACAUAGCGCUACCCUGCUUUCCGGUCAUGUGUACCUUCUGGGUGGUCGAAACGGCAAUCUUCCCUUAAAGGACUUGUGGCGCUACAGCCUUGCUGAAAGCAGAUGGGAGGAGCUGCAUCCUGGCGGCGAAAGGCCAUCGGCAUUGCAAGAACACAGUGCAGUCGCUUACAAGGAUUGUCUCUACGUUUUUGGUGGGGAGCUUGGAUUCUCAGCAGGCACAGAAACGCCGCUUUGGGUUUACAAUGUCAAGAACAACUCUUGGAGAAAAAUAAGAGCACAAAGAGGCUGCGCAGUGCCGAGAGGACGCAGAGGACACACCGCCCUCGUCCAUCGAGGACAGAUGUUGAUAUACGGUGGCUAUCAGGACCUUCGAGGGAGUUCGCCAGAGCUAUGGGCCUUCCACUUCGAAACGGAAUCAUGGCAUUUACUCUCAUCGAGCGAAUGCGGUCCAGCAGCAAGACACAAGCAUUCGGCAGUGCUUCACGAAGAUGCGGUUUACAUUUACGGCGGUAUGACAGAUCUGCAGGAGAGAAGCGACUGUUGGCGGUGGGACGUCAAUACAGCCUCGUGGUGUUUGCUCAAAAGUAAACCUGGUCCAGGACCUCUUCACGGACACGCUGCGUGCAGGUUGCCCAGCUGCAUGCUUCUAUUCGGUGGCGAAAGCGGCGGGUUGCCCACCAACGAACUAUGGAGGUUUCAUUUCGGUACUGAGACUUGGGAGAAACUUUGCGUACCUGGGCUGAAGCCACAACCAAGAGCGGAAAGUGUGGCUCUCGCGGUUUCCGAGCUUCUACUUCGAGGCUCGUGUAUCGAUCAUCCCAAGGCUAGAUUUCGGAGCCAAAGACCCAGGCUGUCGUCGAACAGGGUCUCACCGUCUGAGGCCUCAACAAGGCCCAGUUUUCUUAAGGAAAUCUCGAAACUGUCGCAGAUAAACCUUUCGAGAUUAAGCCACCCCGCGAAGUGCAGCUACUCUGUACUUAGUGGCCAAGAAGACAACGAAGAGAGUCCAAAAGAAGUGAAUUCGUACUACCCAUUUCAACAAGUCGACGUUGAAGUGGCCGAGUCGACGACAGGGAUGGUCAAAUCCCGCAGUGCCAAUGCACUGGCUAAACGACGCCAAAAACUUCCCGAACUUCCAAAAACGGCGGAAACUCGUUCGACGUCGGGAAUGAUCCGUGAUCCGAUUUCUGUGCCAAAUUUUCGGGCCUUAACCUUGCCUACCCCAGUGCUUACCCCAGUAGAAGCCGCGAGGCUCGUUUUCGUUGAUCCAGAUGAAGAUACCGAUGACGAGUACAAUAAGGAUCCACCAACCACGAGACUCAUCGAAGUCGCAGAGGCGGAGCCAAGGGAUUUUGCAUCAGUUCAUCAGGCCUACCAGCCACCAACACGUGGCGACAGUUACACUUCCCACCUCUACGAGGCAGUUCAAACCCCGAAAACUCCGACUACAACGAAGAUCCCAACCUCGGCAUCGGUAAGAUUCGCAGACCUUGAAGAGGGCGAGGAAUCGACCUCUGAUUACGCGAGCAUCGAAGCUCGUAGUCCCGGCGAUCCUCUGGGAGAUGACGACUGGCCCAAAAAGUCGUCGAAACAGAAGAUAAUUCGUGAAGGACAGUUCGGAUUUUGCAAUCCGAACUAUUUGGGCCUCGAGAUGAACGUCGACGCGAAAUACGCCAAGAUGCUUAACAGUCCGCCUGACAGCGUCCUCGAGGAUGGACCGGGCCGAUCGGCGUCACAGACAUUCGAGGAACUCCUCGAACUCCAGGAAAUGAGACCUCGGGCUCCGCCGAAGAGCCUGCCCUUAGGAUCACCCUCGAGACGAGCCCUCAGCGCCUCCAGAGCUGAAAGACAGAGGGCCAAAAUGGCCGCCACAGAGGCGAACACUCCAGGACCUGCGCCGCUCUACGUCUUCUUGGUUGGCGGUAAGGAAAAGGGUCAGGUCACCGUAUUCGCCAGGCCCGUUUCAUUGUGGAAGUUGCAACUCGCCCCGCACAUAUUCUGAAUCGUAACUAUAUAAUUAGCUCUAUUAUUUACGGUACAAGGCUCAAAAAUCAUCAUUAUCCAGUGCCAAGAUUAUAUAAUUAUGUUUUUCCAAAA